AUGUCUCAACCCCUUCGAACUCUUGGGCACAAUGGUCCGCAAGUCACCGCUGUCGGUCUCGGCCUGAUGAGCAUCGGCGGCAUCUACGGCGAGGCAACUUCCCUCGACGAAGGUGUCGCCUUCCUCGACCACGCCCAUGCCACGGGCCAACGCAACUGGGACACGGCCGAUAUCUACGGGUCCAGUGAAGACGUCGUGGGCGAAUGGGUCAGGCGAUCCGGCAAGCGCGAUGACAUCUUCCUUGCGACGAAAUUCGCGGCGCAGCGGACACCUGAUGGGAAGAAUAUGACGAUCCGCUCGGAUCCCGAGUACGUUUAUGAGGCCUGCGAGAAGUCUCUCAAAAGACUGAAUGUUGAGACGAUCGAUCUCUACUACUGUCAUCGGGUGGACGGAGUGACGCCCAUCGAAAAGACCGUUGAGGCAAUGGUCGAACUGAAAAAGCAAGGCAAAAUCCGCUACCUGGGACUAUCAGAAGUGUCCGCAAACACCCUCCGCCGCGCCCACGCCAUCCAUCCCAUCAGCGCACUGCAGAUCGAAUACAGUCCCUUCGCACUCGACAUCGAGAGCCCCAACUCCGACAUCUUGGAUACGUGCCGAGAACUCGGGGUCGCCGUGGUGGCCUACAGCCCGAUCGGGCGUGGGCUGCUGACCGGGCAAAUCACCUCACUGGCCGAUCUUCCCGAAUCCGACUUCCGACGCCUUUUGCCCAAGUACUCCUCGGAGAAUUUCCCUCGCAUCCGGGAACUGGUGCAGGGGCUGGAAGAGGUGGCGGGUGCGCACGAGACCUCCCCCCACUCAGGUGGCCAUCGCUUGGUUGGCUCUGAUAUCAUUCCUAUCCCGGGGACCCGCACGACGGCCCGUAUGGAUGAAAAUACCGCGUCGGCGCGGGUGCAGCUGUCGGGCGAGGAGGUGGAGAGAAUUCGGGCGUUGGCUAGCCGGACGGAGGUGAUUGGAAAUCGGUAUCCUGAUGCGAUGAUGGGGAGUAUCUUUGGAGACACUCCGCCGCUGUAG